AUGACGCUUCCAAAACUGGGGUCAUAUGAUUUCCUGUCUCAACUUAAACGUCUCACUGAAACCGUCUGCAUCUGUUUUGUAGUUGUUCUCGCUGAACUUCCCCAUCGAAAAACUCUCAAGAUGCAGACGAUGUGUGGAGGAGCCUCAGAGGUCCGUGAUGCCGACGAAAAAAUUCACAAGAUUUGUGAAGAGGUAAGUAAAUAACGUGUAAGUAAAUAAGAGAGUCUUUCUAAUGCUGCUUUCAUCUCUGCAAACAGAUCCCUCAAGAAUCAGAGUCACUUUGUUUCUGCUCUCUGUUAUCCAGAUAAAGGCUCACGCAGAAGAAAAAGCAGGGAAAAAAUACGAGAUUUUCGUAGCCAAGUCCUACUCAAGUCAGGUCGUGGCUGGGAUGAACUACUUCAUAAAGGUAAGUUGUAUAGUCUAAGCGAAGAGCACAAUAGGGAAGGGAAUGGAUGCUAUAGAUGGAUAUCCCGUAAGAUUGCACUAAAACCAAGAGAUGUAUUUAAUAUAAUUCAAUUCAUCAUUUUCAUCAUCCAACAGUGGAUCACGUGACUUUAAAAUAGCGAGCCUCUGUGUUUUUCCCAUAGACUGUAUAUAAGUGUUUGGAUAAGUGAUAAGUAAAAUAUACGAUAAGUAGUUACGAUAAGUAAAAACUCUUUACCUUAUAAAAAAUAGGUAAAAGAAGUAAAAACCUGUGAGGGGAAUUAAGAAAAAAGACUAAGAAUAAUAGUAUAGGAAUAGUAUAGUAUAAGAAUAAUAGUAGUUCUGGGUUAAGUUGAUCCAGUGGCUCAACUGAGCAAGUAAAUUAGUCUGAUGAGAGGAUCAGAGUUUCAGUUCAGAUUGUUGAAAUGUGUUACUAUUUCUUUUCAAAAAUACAGCUGUGAAUGUUCUGAAUCACUUAAAGACAUUCUCAUGUUAAAAUGUGUUUUUUACAAAACAGCUUUUUAGCAGUUAUCAGCAAUAAUAAAAACAUAAAAUAAAUAAAAAUACACGUGAAUGUGAAGAGGUGACUGUUAUUUAGGGAGAGAGAAGAUGAGGGAGGGCUAAGGGGGACAUUGGAGGGGAUAGUAGAGAUACGGCUCAGCUUACCCCCCCCUCCCAUGGUCAACUUAUCCCAUGUAUGGGGUAAGUUGACCACAGGAGACCACUUUCUUUUGGCAUGCUAUAUUAUCAAAACAGUUAUGUUUACACUCAUUCUGUUGGUUUACAGGGAUGCAAAACAUCUUGAAAUAUGCAGAUACACGAGUUAGAGACAAAACUAUGAUUGCCUUGAUGUAGUGAUCCGAAAUAUGAAAAAUGGCUCAUCUUACCCCACUCUCCCCUGACCAAGUUUCACAGUUUUCUGUUCACCUACAUGGAAGAUGAGUGUCUGCUUCUUUUCAUCAAUGAGUUGAUUUGAAAAAAAUCUGUGAAUGGGCUCCAUUGAAGACCUUCUAAGGCUUUACUCUUCAUUUCUUUGCAGGUCCAUGUGGGAGGAGAUGAACAUGUCCACCUCUGCGUUUAUAAAAAACUCGCUUGCAACGGAGGAGGACUUGAACUGACAAAGAUGCAGGAAUCCAAGACUGCGCACGACCCUAUUGGUUACUUUUAAAGGGACCCCAAAUUUAAGAGAGCACUACUGUCAACAGGCUGCAGUCUCAUUUUAAACAGAUGGAACCUAAUUGUCAGGGCUGCUCAUGUAAAACAUCGCUCUGAGCUGUACUCCAUACUUUUUCCAUAAUGUAGAUCAUCAUAUUUAGAGCAUGUAAUAAUGGGAAUAUUUUGUACAAGAAAAAUGAAUAAAUACUGCAGACUUUUUGUCA